AUGCAGAAGCUGUCCAUGGGUGGCCGACCCAACAUGAAGGAGUUCGGCAAGGCUUUAGCAAAGAUGCACCUGGCCGAGCCCGCAGACCAAACCGCCAAGGAGGGCAAAUUUGGCUUCGAGGUGGACAACACCAUCGGUGGCACUCCCCAGUCGAACACCUGGACCAGCAGCUGGGUUGACUUCGUGCGGGAGCAUCGCCUCGGAGCGCAGGUGAGGAUGGCCGGCAGCACCGAUCUUCAGCGGACCUGGAAGCAGGUCCUUGAGGAGACCAACGACCUCAAUGACCUGUUCACAGAUGUGGAAGUGAAGCCGUCGAUUCUUCACGGCGAUCUCUGGAGCGGCAACUACGAAAUGACGCCCGAGGGCGUCGCCAUCUUCGACCCGGCGACCUACUACGGCCAUCACGAAGCCGAGUUUGGCAUGUCCUGGUGCGCUGGCUUUAAUCGCGACUUCUGGCAAGGCUAUCGGGAAGUUAUUCCCGAGGCGCCGCUCUUUGCCAAGCGUCCGGAGCUCGGUCUGUCCAAAGGAUCUUUGACGGACAAAAUCUUGCAUUGUAAAUGCAUGUUGCUGUCUGCCAACAAGAGAGCAACGUUCUGGAAUAGUGAGGCCUCCUGA